AUGGCCGGUUCCUCAGAAAUUGUGGACGAGUCUCCACCAAAUGCUCUUUGUGAUGUUUGUAAAUAUAUAUUUGCGGACGGCUCAUACGAGUGGUGGGAUACUUUCUGGAAAGGGUCCUACCUGAAUGAAAGGCGGCGCGAAGCGUUACGGAACGCUGACAUGUUCGGUAUCUACGAUAAUAAUCUUGUUGAGUUUUCCAAGAGGCAUCACUCUUCCCGUGCGGACGUUCAGCUGGCAGCAAGAGAUGGCUGUUGGGUCUGCUUACGGCUUUCUAAUGCCUCUCCGGCAAGCCAAGACGACACGCCACUAUCGUAUAUGAUUUUCCCGGAAGAAUCGAAAGGCGGGAAGGAAGAUCAAGGAUUUACACUUUACUUUGAUUUCCCCCGGGUCUCAUUUACACUUAAACCAUCACCCUUAACGGAAAUAGAUAGUUUAGCAAGGCGCUCACGGUCGAGAGAGUAUAUCGGACAGGAGUAUACUGCGAAGCCAUCAAGAUUAUUGGAUAUCUCAAGCGACCGUAUUAAGCUUAUCAAUGGCUGCAAUGUCCCACGAGACGAAGAGUAUUCGACGUUGAGUUACUGUUGGGGUAAAACCGAAUUCAUUGUUCUCAACACCGUUACUAUGGAUCAAUUUUUAGAAGGGGUUAAUACACUAAAACUACCUCUAAUCAUCCAGCAUGCCAUCUUGACUGUACGAAGACUGAAUAUCAAGUAUCUUUGGGUCGAUUGUUAUUGUAUCAUCCAGGGCAACGAACCAGAAGCCCAGGCUGACUGGGAAAGUGAGUCAAUUUCCAUGGGAGAAGUUUACAAGAAUGGUCUUGUUAAUAUAUGCGCUGCGACUACCGACGAGGCAAAUAAAGGAAUAUUUACUCAAAGGGAAUCGUGCUUAGCGGGCCAUAUUACUAUUCGGUGGUCUAUUGAUCAGGAGAAGCAUCUGCUAUUUGAACUUGGUGUGGGGCGACGGUUCGUUCAAAUGGAACGCUCUUUUGGCCGUUUACUUGACGGUCCACUUAUGAAAAGAGGCUGGGUUUUGCAGGAAUGUGCGUUGUCUCGUCGGAUGAUAUUGUUCACACGGGGGGAUGUUAUUUGGCAUUGCUCGGAAUCAACGGCUAGCGAGGACAACCCAGACGGCACGAUCGACCACGAAUACCAUGCCGGAUCUAGUGGCGAUGGAAUCGUUGGGCACCCAUUUUGGCCUUUGAAAUUGACUUGGACGGCGGAUUCUGUGGAGAGAGUCUUGGGUUAUGGGUGGUUCACGUUCUUAAACCACUAUAUCCGUACCCAUUUGAGUUUUCCGGAUAAAGACGUCCUUCGAGCUAUAGAAGGCAUCGGACGCGAGAUCCAGAAGCUCACUGGCGUGGUAUUAUCCCACGGUAUACUUGGCGGUACGCCCUCCCAUAUAAUUCGCCCCUUUCUCGGAUCCUUAGCCUCGGAGUUAUAUUCUCCGAGCUCCGAGCCGUUGAGAUACAAGCCCUUCGGUCUCUCCGUAAGUGGCGGCGGACCACAGUCGAAGGCAGCGGCAAGAACAUCGCGAGCGGACUUCUGCGGGGUACGCCAGGUACCAUUGGGGAACAGCCACACCAGUAACCCGCCUAACACACCUGCGAAGAUCCGAAACACCACGGCUCGGACGAACCAGGAGCUCUGGCGAACGAUGCCGGUGUCCAUAGCUGCGGGGUCCACGGCAAGAACUGAUAUAUUACUAAGGAUCGGGUCCUCGUUAAGUCGUCUUUGA